AUGGUACCUAGUCCCACAGUACCUAGUCCCAUGGUAUCUAGUCCCACAGUACCUACUCCCACAGUAAAUAGUCCCAUGGUAUCUAGUCCCACAGUACCUACUCCCACAAGUCCCACAGUAUCUAGUCCCAUGUUAUCUAUUCCCACAGUACCUAGUCCCACAGCCAUAUGA